ACCAAUGGGACAAACUGAAAGAGGGAUGGACGGACAGAGAAGAAAGCCAUAGUUUUAUUUUACAAACCGUUAGGGGACUAAUAACGAAAUUAUAUGAUAAGAAAUUAUUACUAUAUAUUUUGGAGGAUAGGGAUAUCAACCACAAAAGUGGACUGUACAUAUGCAUCAUCGCGCUUCGUGCAUUAAUGCAGUUGUCGCACGCGUAUAAUUGUUUCUGUAAAUAUGUCGAUCUUCCAAACAAUGAGUUGAUUUCUACUGACGUAAUCGUAUAAAACAAACAAAAUACACAUACACACACAUACAUCUUACCGCUGCACUGAGAAUUUAAAUUCAGAGAGAUCUGCAAAUACACCAAAACCCCAAUUCCUGUUACGACCAGCAACAUGGCGUCUAUAUUAGAGAGGGAUCUUCUAAUACAAGAAGACGCACUUCAGUUACUAUAUAUAAUAACCAUCCAGUAAGACGUUUAAAUUUCUUGGUUACGAAAUUUGUGACCUCUUCUCAUGUGACGGGGUGGCACUGUCCCACUUUGAGAAUCUUUUCCUGCAAGGUGAACAGUGUUGAACAGGCUGCUAUAGGAAUUGAAUGCAACAAACAUACGAAACACAUUCUCCGCUGUGUGACUCUCCAACGAUUCUUCACGUGUGAUAAUCUAGAUCGUCAAAAAGCGAUGGCAACAAAGCAUAUACUAAUCGUGGCCUUUCUUGGUUUGUGCAUUCAAAGCACAUUAUCAUUUUAUUAUGCACAGUUUCCUACGGAUUUCGCUUGGGGAGCCUCUACCUCCGCUUAUCAAACAGAAGGAGCUUGGAAUGAAGGUGGUCGUGGAGAAAGUAUCUGGGAUAGAUUUUCCAAAGUAUCGGGAAAUAUAAGAGACGGAUCAAACGGAGAUAAGGCUAGCGACUCUUAUCACAAAUUCAAGGAGGAUGUCCAGUUACUGAAACAGCUAGGGGUAACCCAUUACCGAUUCUCGAUUUCCUGGAGCCGAGUUAUGCCAAAUGGUACAUUGAGUUCUAAAAAUGACGAGGGCAUAAAAUUCUACAAAAAUCUGGUACAAGAGUUAAAGACCAAGAACAUAGAACCAGUGGUGACCCUCUACCACUGGGACUUACCACAGGCUCUUCAGGAUAUCGGUGGAUGGGGAAAUAGCGCGAUUAUCUCUCGUUUUGAAGAAUAUUCCAAAGUGAUGUUUCAAGAACUCGGUUCCCAGGUCAAAAUGUGGAUUACCAUCAAUGAACCCUAUGACAUUGCUUGGUACGGAUAUGGAACAGGAAGUCAAGCCCCUGGAAUGAAGGACCCCGGUACUAAACCGUAUAUGGUUGGUCACAACUUGAUUUUAGCGCACGUCAAAGCGUACAAGCUUUAUAAAUCAUUAUCUGGACAAGGUGGUAAAAUAGGAAUCGCACUUAACUCGGAAUGGAAAAUGCCAAAAACAAGCAAACAUGCAGACAUACAAGCCGCAGAUAGAGCAAAAGACUUUAUGAUUGGUUGGUUUGCAAACCCAAUAUUUGGAGAUGGAAAUUACCCAGAGAUAAUGAGAACCAGAGUAGGAACACGUCUUCCAACUUUCACUUUCGAUCAGAUGAGGGAAAACAGAGGUUCCUCCGACUUUUUUGGAGUCAACCACUAUACGACAAAACUUGUUGAGGAUAGUCCAUCAAUGGUAACUGGUAACAGUUAUGCUAAAGACCUCGGCGUGAAGGAAUCAUUUGACCCGACAUGGGAUGGACCAAACGACAAGAAAAUUUACCCUGAAGGAAUUCGAGAAGUUCUGAAAUACAUCAAUACAACGUAUAAUCAUCCUGUUGUCUACGUCACAGAAAAUGGUGUUGGUGACUGUGGAACACUUCUAGAUCAGAUUCGCGUGAACUUUCUCAGGAAUUACAUUGACCAGGUUCUAACUGCAACUGUCAUGGACAAGGUUAAUGUUAAGGGCUACUUUGUGUGGUCUUUGAUUGACAAUUUUGAGUGGGGUGCUGGUUAUACCAAGAAAUAUGGACUUUAUAAAGUUGACUUCGAGAGGGAUGGUCGCGAUAGAACUGCCAAGGCCUCGGCAAACUUCUACAGAGACGUCAUCAGUCACAAUGGAUUCCCGACUGAUUGGAAGACAUCUGACACGAUGAAUUACAUCAAACAAGAUUUAGAUGACCGUGAUGACUUCAUUAUGGGACAGUUUCCACACGGGUUUGCAUGGGGCGCAGCCACUUCCGCUUAUCAAAUCGAAGGUGGAUGGAAUGAAGACGGAAAGGGACCCAGUAUUUGGGAUGUCAGGUCACACAAAGGUGAAAUAGCAUUUCAGCAAACAGGGGACAUUGCGUGCGACAGUUACCAUAAAUAUAAAGAUGAUGUCCAAAUGCUUGUCCAUCUUGGGGUUUCUCAUUACCGAUUCUCCAUUGCCUGGAGUCGUGUCAUGGCGGAUGGUACUCUUCACACCAUCAACAGUAAAGGCAUCGAGUAUUAUAAUAACUUGAUCAAUGAACUUUUAGCCAAUAAUAUACAGCCUAUGGUGACGUUGUAUCAUUGGGACCUGCCCCAGGCUUUACAAGAUAUAGGGGGCUGGCAAAAUGAUAAGAUCAUCGAAUACUUCAACGACUAUGCCAGACUCUGCUUUUCUUCCUUCGGUGACCGAGUUAAAUUGUGGAUAACAUUUAACGAGGCCUUUGUGAUAUCCUGGCUGGGCUACGGUAUCGCAGCAUUUGCCCCAGGAGUAUACAGUCCUGACACUGGUACCUAUGAGGUGACCCACAACAUCAUCCGUUCCCACACCAGAGCCUACCGUACCUACGAAAGCACUUUCAAGUCCAUUCAACAUGGACAAGUUGGCAUAACUCUUGACUGUGACUGGAAAGAACCCCAAACAGAAACCACCACCAGUCGAUACGCGGCAGAGCGAGCCCUCCAGUUUAAGCUCGGUUGGUUUGCCAAUCCCAUCUUCGGGAAUGGAGACUAUCCUUCAGUCAUGAAAAGGAGAGUAGCGGACAAAAGUAGACGCCAGGGGUAUCCAAAAUCUCGCCUACCCGAAUUUACUUCAGAGGAGAUUCAACAGAACAGAGGUGCAUUUGAUUUCCUUGGCCUAAAUCAUUACACAACUAAUCUUGUACGUGAAGAUAUUCGGGACAUUAAUUGGCACAGUUAUGAGAGUGAUCAAGACAUCGAUACUUCAGAGGAUCCGUGCUGGAACACGACUGAAUCCGGUUGGUUACGUGUGAAUCCAUGGGGAAUUCGCAGAUUGUUAAAAUGGGUCAAGGAUCGCUAUGACAACCCACCUGUUUAUGUCACCGAAAAUGGCGUAUCUGACAAAGGCGAACUUAUGGACUAUUCAAGAGCCAGAUAUUACACCCGCUACGUUAACGAGAUCCUGAAGGCUAUAAGACGUGACGGAUGUGACGUCAGAGGGUACAUGGCGUGGGCUUUGAUGGAUAAUAUGGAGUGGACCAGUGGCUACACCCAGAAAUUCGGACUCUAUCAUGUGAACUUUGAUGACCCCAAAAGACCGCGUACAGCGAAACACUCAGCUUCUGUGUUCAGCAAAAUAAUCAGAGAUAAUGGAUUCGGCUAUUUAUAGACUUUCAUAGAGCAUUACGUGUAUCUAUAUAUAGUCCCUAUAGUGAAUCAGAAAAUGUGAGAAAAGCUCAACUGUAACAAUAUGCUUAAUUACAUGUAUUCAUACUUUAUAUGUCAAUAGAAACUACUAGAACUGCUGUUGUUGUCGAAACCAAAAUUCUAUGCAUUCAAAAUAUUGCAAUAAAAUUUUAUUUCCAUUUGA